AUGAACACAGAAGAAGACAUUCUCCAAGCUCAAACUGUUGGUCAAGGAAAUGGAAUUGGUAUAUCCCUUAUUAACACUACAACCGCAUCCGUCCAUCGCCGCCGCGCCGCCCCCUGGAAAAUGGACCAUGCAGAUGGAGCAGAUCCACCUCCAAACUUAAUUUGUACAACACCAUCACGAAAAGGCGCAAUCCAUCGACCUCGCCCGCCCGCAUCCAUCGAAAAUCUGAGGCCGCCGCCCGCCCUGUACCCGCAGUUGGGCCUUAGCUCAGUAGUUCGCAGCGUCUAG